AUGCGGGUGUCCCCCGGCCGGCCCCGCCCGGGCAGCGGGCAGCCUCCCGCACCUGCCCCUGCCCCUGCUCCCGCCUCUGUCUGGGCCGCGCCCUGCCCGGCGCUGCGGGUUCAGGUGUUGGUUCUGCUGAUAAGCUGCGCCUUGGCCAGAGCCUGGAGCGGACCUCCGCUCGGACGCGUGCCGUACUCAGUGCCCAGGACCUCGCUGACAGCUUCGGAGGCUGACCCUUUCCUCACUCGGUUCUCCGCUCCUCAGACUCAAAAUUACUCUAUCCUCCUUGUGAAUCCUGUUUCCAACACGCUUUAUGUUGGUGCCCGGGAUGCCAUUUUUGCUCUUCCCCUGCCUCUCACAGAGGGGCGAGCCCAGAGGAUUGACUGGCCAGUGCCUGAGACUCACAGACAGAUCUGCAAAAAGAAAGGCAAGAAGGAGGCUGACUGUCAUAAUUACAUUCGAAUUCUUGCCAUGGCCAACGCCACUCAUCUUCUCACGUGCGGCACCUUUGCCUUCGACCCACAGUGCGGGAUCAUCGAUGUAUCCAGUUUCCAUCAGGUUGAAAGGCUAGAAAGUGGCCGAGGGAAAUGUCCUUUUGAGCCAACCCAGCGGUCGGCUGCUGUAAUGUCUGGGGGUGUCCUAUAUGCUGCCAGCAUGAAUAAUUUUCUGGGGACAGAGCCAAUUAUCUCUCGGGCCAUUGGCCCGACUGAGGAGCGGAUUCGAACAGAGGUCACACCAGCUUGGCUAAAUGCUCCAAAGUUUGUGGCAGCUGUAUCUCUGAGCCCAACUGACUUGGGGGAGGAGGAUGGAGACACUGAAAUUUAUUUCUUCUUCACGGAGACAGCUCGAGAUUCUGAUAUGUACCAACCAAUUAAGGUCCCACGUGUGGCUCGUGUGUGUGCGGGAGACCUUGGGGGACUGAAGACCCUCCAGCGGAGGUGGACAACAUUUCUGAAGGCUGAGCUGCUGUGUCCAGGGCCAACACAUGGCCGAACUUCCAGCAUCCUGAAGGAUAUGACCACCCUACAACUGAAGCCUGGCACAGGAGUCCCCCUCUUCUAUGGGAUCUUCUCCUCCCAGUGGGAUGGGGUUUCCAUUUCUGCCAUCUGUGCCUUCCACCCCCGUGACAUCCAGUCAUCAAUGAGUGGCCCAUUUAGGGAGUUCAAGCAUGACUGCAAUAGAGGAAUGCCUGUGAUGGACAGUGAAGUCCCCCAGCCCAGGCCUGGAAUGUGUAUCACCAACCAAAUGAAGCUACUAGGCUUCGGCUCAUCCCUUUCCCUACCCGAUCGAGUUCUUACCUUUGUACGGGACCACCCUCUUAUGGACCAGCCUGUUUCUCCUGCUGAUGGCCAUCCCCUGCUGAUUGCCUCCAACACAAUCUAUCACCGGGUUGCAGCCCACAGAGUGACAAGCUUGCUGGGAGAAGAGUAUGAUGUACUCUACCUGGGGACAGGGGACGGACACCUGCACCGGGCAGUGCGGAUCGGCUCCCAGCUCAGCAUCCUGGAAGACCUGACCUUAUUCCUGGAGCCUCAACCAGUGGAAACUCUCCAGCUGCAUGACGGUUGGCUCCUGAUCGGCUCUGGCUCUGAGGUGACACAGAUAAACAUAACAGACUGUGGCCGUCUCCGGAGCUGCAAAGAGUGCAUCCUGGCUCGAGACCCAGCCUGUGCUUGGAGCUCCCGGCUCAAGGCUUGUGUUACCCACAUUGGGGCAGGCGAGGGGCUGCUCCAAGACAUUGAGUUGGGAAAUGCAUCCUCUCUUUGUCCCAAGGAGACUGGAGCAUUUCCUCUCAUUCUUGAGGUUCCUGUGGUCCCAGCUGCACACGUGGUCUUGCCAUGUUCCCCACGAUCAGCCUGGGCAACCUGUGUGUGGCACCGGCCAGGGGGCCUCAUUGAAGAUGCAGUGAUUCCUCGGCUGGAUGGACUGGAAGUGUUGGUGACACAGGGAGCCCUGGGAACCUAUGCCUGUGAAUGCCAGGAGGGGGGGAUGACUCAAGUAGUGGCUACUUAUCACUUGUUCUGGGGGGAACCCCAGGGCCGUGGCCGAAUCGUGGGCUCUGGGCUAGCUGGCUUUAUCCUGGGUGCAGUGGCUUCUACUCUGAUCCUGCUCCUGCUUGGCAGGCAACGUCAGCGCCAACGCCAGCAGGAGCUCUUGGCAAGAAACAAGGUGGGGUUGGACUUGGGGGCCCCUCCAUCUGGAACCACGAGUUGCAGCCACGACCCCCCCUCCCCAUCACCUUCCCCAGAGGAUGAGAGGCUUCCACUGGCCUUGGCUCUGGCCAAAAGGGGCAGUAAUCUCAACGGCUUUCCCCCAUCCUUCUUACGGGACUCCCACCAGGGCCCAAAUCAAGCUCACAUUCUGCUGACCACAGCACCACUGGCCACAUGCGAUGAGACUUCCAUCUAA